AGAAAGGCGGCCGAGAGGAGCAGGGAACCCCGGUCCGUGUCUCGCUUUCAUUCUUUAGAUUCUCCCUCAUUGUCGACAAGUUUUAAAACAUUUUUUUCCAAAAGCGUGAAGUAACAGAUAAGCUCAGUGUUAAUUUCCAGCCGCAGUUUUCGAAUAUUUUCUUGUUUUCCGAGUUUUCCUCCCACACAGAGGUCGUUCACUGAGCGCAACAACUGUUCCGUGUGGAUUAUUAAGUGGACGUGUGUUGUUCGGGACAAAACACAGCUUUACUACCACUAACAAAGACUUCAUUUGAAAGUUUGGACUGCUGUCAACGCACACUUCUCCGUGUCUUUUUAGGUAUGCCUGUGGGCAUCAGUGUGGCCCCUCACAGGUAACCAGGUGUGUUGCUGCUGUCAUGGCAACCCUGCAGCUGCUUCCUGUCGCUGUGUUCGCUCUCCUGGUGGCGCUGGUGUCGUCUUCAGGAGACCAUGAGUGGCACUUUAACCCAGCUCAGUGCCGUUACGCCCUGGGGAUGGAGGAUGGCACCAUCCCAGACUCUGACAUCACCGCCUCCAGCGCCUGGUCCGACUCCACGGAGGCCAAACACGGAAGGUUGAGUACUGGAGAGGGCGAUGGAGCCUGGUGUCCUGCAGGAUCUGUUUUUCCCAGUGAAUCAGAAUACCUUCAGGUCGACUUGCACAAACUGCACUUCCUGGCUCUGGUUGGUACCCAGGGUCGCCAUGCCGACGGGCACGGGCAGGAGUUCGCCCGCAGUUAUCGGCUCCGCUACUCCCGAGACGGAGUGAAAUGGAUCACCUGGAAGGACCGCUGGGGCCGGGAGGUGGUGACGGGGAAUGAGAACACCUAUGAUGUUGUCCUUAAGGACCUGGGCCCCCCCAUCGUGGCCCGUAUGGUGCGCUUCUACCCCCUCGCUGACCGGGUCAUGAGCGUCUGCCUCCGGGUGGAGCUCUACGGCUGUCUGUGGAACGAUGGUUUGAAGGCUUACACGGCUCCAGUGGGUCACGUCAUGCACCUCUCUGGCAUGCCUGUCUAUCUGAAUGACUCCACCUAUGAUGGGAGCACUGAGCAAGGGAUGCAGUUCGGAGGCCUGGGUCAGCUGUGCGACGGCGUCCUGGGAGGAGACGACUUCAUGCAGACUAAAGAGCUGAGGGUCUGGCCCGGGUACGACUACCUGGGCUGGAGCCGGGAAGCCCUCGGGCAAGGCAGCGUGGACAUCGAGUUCGACUUUGAGAAACCACGCGUCUUCAACAACAUGCAGGUGCACAGCAACAACCGCCACACUCAGGGCGUGCGAGUCUUCAGCAAAGUGGAGUGUCUCUUCAAGCCGAGCAUCCUGCAGCCGUGGUCUGCGGCCCUCACGCUGCCCGUGCCCCUGGAGGAUCUGAAGGACCCCUCCUCUCGACCCAUCACCCUCCCGCUGGGCGGCCGGCCCGCUCAGAUCCUCCUCUGCAAAUUCUACUUUGCUGAUCGAUGGCUGCUCAUCAGCGAGAUAUCCUUCCUCUCUGAGCCAUUUGACAAGGAUGUCACAGAGACGGAUUCAUUUCCUCCGAUUCUUCCCAAGACUCCUUCCACCAGCUCCACUGCUCCUCCUGUGAACCUCACCUCCUCCUCUCCCACGUCCAACUCCUCCAACUCCACCUUUGAUGCAUCUGAACCCCUUCCCACCAACUCCUUCAUGACGAACACCACCGGUAACUGGACGCUGUCAGAAUUUGGUGGUAACACUCCCAGGGCGGGACUUCCUGUAGCCAAAGAUGACAGCAGUAAUACAGCUAUUCUGAUUGGCUGCCUGGUGGGCAUCAUCCUCCUGCUAUUGGCCGUGAUCGCUGUCAUUCUGUGGAGGCAGUACUGGAAAAAGAUCCUGGGCAAGGCGCAGGGCAGUCUCGCCGGUGACGAGCUGCGAGUCCACCUGUCGGUGCCCUCGGACAACGUUGUGAUCAACAACACACACAGCUACUCCAGCCGCUACCAGCGCAUACACACCUUCCCCGACGACCGAGACCACGAGGCGGAGGGAGAAUACCAGGAGCCCAGCGCCCUGCUGCGGCCGCGAGACUACAGGGAGAGCACAGAUCACAGGAAAGGCUGCACACCUGUCCCCAACACCAGUCAGCCAGCUCAGGAAAAGAGCCUCAAUGUGCCCCAGGCCUGUGGUUCGGACAUGGACAUGGAGAAGGGUUUCCCCCCGACUCAAGAGGAGCCCCCUCCCUACCCUGGCUCUCCUCCCUACCCCUCCCUGUCUCCCCCCGUGUCUCCCCCACUGCCUCCCAGCGUGCCUCACUACGCCGAGGCGGACAUCGUGAGCCUGCAGGGCGUCAGCGGCAACAACACGUACGCCGUGCCCGCGCUGACCUCCUGCAGCCCGGGGGCCGAUGGCGCCCCGCUGCCCGAGCUGCCCCGCCACUUCCUCGUCUUCAAGGAGAAGCUGGGAGAAGGACAGUUCGGAGAGGUGCACCUGUGUGAAAUCGAGAACCCUCAGGACUUUCCCACCCUGGAGUUCCCCUUCAAUGUGAGGAAAGGUCGCCCUCUGCUGGUGGCCGUGAAGAUCCUGCGCCCCGACGCCUCCAAGAACGCCAGGAACGACUUCCUGAAAGAGGUGAAGAUCUUGUCUCGCCUGAAGGACCCGAACAUCAUCCGCCUGCUGGGAGUGUGUGUGAGCAGCGACCCGCUCUGUAUGGUCACUGAGUACAUGGAGUGUGGAGACCUCAACCAGUAUCUGUCCCACCGGGUGCUUCUGGACAAAACAGGGCCUACACACAACACACCCACCAUCAGUUACCCAGCCCUCAUCGCCAUGGCGAGCCAGAUAGCGUCAGGUAUGAAGUUCCUCGCCUCGCUGAACUUCGUGCACCGAGAUCUGGCCACGAGAAACUCUCUGGUCGGGGGGGAGAAGGGUGAGAGCGGGGAUGAUCGGGGGGAGAGCGCCACAUCAAGAUCGCUGACUUUGGGAUGAGCAGGAAACCUUUACGCUGGAGACUACUAUAGGAUCCAGGGCCGCGCCGUGCUGCCCAUACGCUGGAUGGCCUGGGAGUGUAUACUCAUGGGUAAAUUCACCACGGCCAGCGAUGUGUGGGCGUUCGGCGUGACGCUGUGGGAGAUGCUGAGCGUUUGUCAGGAGCAGCCGUACUCCAACCUGACCGACGAACAAGUGAUCGACAACGCCGGGGAGUUCUUCAGAGACCAGGGCAGACAGGUGUAUCUGAGCAGGCCGGCUGUGUGUCCUCAGGGUCUCUACGAGCUCAUGUUGAGCUGCUGGAACAGAGACUGCAAACUCCGUCCGUCCUUCACAGACAUCCACUCCUUUCUCACAGAGGACGCCAUGAACAUGGUGUAGAGAGAGAACAGGCUGCAGUGGGAGGUGUGGUGGAGGCAGAUGAGAGGGAGAGUGGGUUGCUCGCUUUUAUAUUUGUACUUUUUUGGGUGGAUGGGGCUGAGACGCCGCUGGUUCGGUUUAUUUCCACAUCAGACCCCCAACCCCAAAUGCAAAACUAACCAAGCUUUGGAUUGGUAACGGUCCGCGCUACAUUUCACUGGUGGUGGGUGCAGUCUGCAUAGGAACUUUCUCUCUUCUCAGAUACUUUAGUAUAAAGCAGGGUGUGUGUGCCUGGUGAUUAAGUGCUGUAGAGUUAAUAAUACAGGAAGCUGUAGGCGCUAAAUGACUCGUAAUACUACAACCAUAGCAAGCUAGGACAUUAACAUGAAUUAAGUUUCAUGACUUUUAUUUUAUCUCAUAUUCUACAUGCAGGGUGACAGGUAAAGGUGCACACAACACACACCUAUUGUUGGGACAUGAAAGUGAAGACACAGGAUUUGUCUUAGUAUGUAUGGUAUACUUUACACAUUUUAGUCUAAAUCAGAAAUAUAUCAAGGCUUCAGCCCCUUUUGCCCAUCUGAGACAACCCACUAAAAGACGUUGAAAAGUGAACACCAUGUUUGUUGACCCUUGUGACUCAAAGUUUCUCUGGACUUAUAUGAAAUGAUGUGGACCAGACACCAGCAGCCCCCUUUCUAAAAUGUGAUAAAGUCAAGUUUUCUCCCCUGAUUUUUUCCGUAAAAAACUUUAAAAACCCAAUCUGGGCAACAGGACUGUUACCCUGGAGCCAAAUGGACUUGAGGACGAAGGCACAGAAGAGGAGGGUCUGUUGCUGCCGAAAAACUUGGACGUCUUUUUUUCCGAGCAGAGAGACGAUACUGUCGAAGGGACAUCUCCUGAUCCUCCUGCUCAGGUGUUUUCGGCAAUAUUUGUGGCUGCGACCCAGACACAAAGGAUACAUGUAAAAUUCCACAACCAGCUGCACUUUAAAUCCCACAUGCAUAUCAGAGGCCGUGAUGAAACUCUUUUCUAUGAGUGGCCCGAUAUGAUUCCUGUCGAUGUGGAUUCUAAUGCAUUUCACCUGCAGUGAUUUCCCUAAGGGAGAUUAACAUUCAGGACACUCUGGCCGUUUCUCAAUCGCGAGGAAACUGGCUUCCAAGCCAAUAUUUCAAGGAUACUACGUCAUCGAGUGCCGCCGAAGGACUGUUCCAAUCUCCAGCAUACUUGGAAUUCCACCGAGGCCGCGUCCUUGGUUUGGGGGUAAUUUCGAGGCUGCACAUGGGUAGACCUCGCGUCCUUCAAAUCCCCACAAUGCUUUGCGCACGGACCAAUUUCCCCAAAUCUGUGGCGGAAAAUGUAAGGCGGGGCCUCUCAUAUGACUGCACACUUGUUAGCCUGUUCCACUCUUCGUUUUCCGAAUGCCAGGAAGGAUUCUUGCCUAGCUUCUGAAGGAAGUGACUCGGAAGACAUGUGCUACCAAGCAAGCAUCCUCGCGAUUGAGAAACGGCCACAGUCUGCCUUGUUAAAUCCCCCCUCCCCCUCCCCCUCCCCCUCCACAAGGCAUUGCCAAACCAUGAGAUGUAAAAUAUUAUUUAAAAAAUGGAAUGGCACCAUCGAUUCAUCUCAUUUCAAAUGUAUGAAAGCCUUUUGUACGGCGCGUUGACGUUUUUUACUCCUCCAAUAAUCAAUCUUUGCUCAUCCAAAUGCAUUACUGUACUCACACAGGGAAUUAUAGGAAACCUGAUUUUCUUUUUUUCAGUGUGAAUGUCAGCAUCAAUCUCCGCAUUAGUACCUUAAGCUGACCGCAGUAGAAUCAAUGCCAUCUACCUUACUGAUUGUUAAGCACUGUAAAUCAGUCCUGAGAUGAUCAAGUAAAACAUGUUUACUGAUCGUGAAUGCUUGUGCCAUUUGAGUGAUUUUUGAUACACUGUAGUUCAACUAAACCAAUAUUUUUAUAUAUACUGUAUGUACUUGGACACUCCUUGAUGUCUGAUUUUGUCCUUUUUGUGUCUUUCGAGGUUGAGCAUAAUAGUAUGUACAUAUUUUAAGGACAGAAUUGUAAUUUCCUUUACUAAUAUAUGGAAAACUCUUUGUUACAUUUGGGGUCUUCUGUAUCUCUGUAGAACGCUUGCUACUUGAUGCUAUUGUAAUUAAUCGUUGUCUAUUUUUGUAGAUGUUUUAAUAAAGUUAACCUUUUCAAAUAAAUGAACAUAUGCUUUACA